AUGGUUCGAAUAACACAUUCGGCAAGCUAUUUUAUGCCGGUAUUUUGCUCCAGUAAUUCACAAAUUAUAAUAUUGGGAUCCAUAACAGUAAUGCUACUAUACACAUUAGCAUAUCUAACGGGGCAAUCCAUACCUAAUAGUUAUGAUGGGCCUGGAAUGUUUAAUCCGAAUUCACAAGACUAUUUUAGAACUAUUUUGUUGGGCUUAUGUUCACCAUUUGUUUAUUAUUUCAUUAGAGCUUUCAUAUUAAAUGUGAAUCAACGAUAUUUAGUGUUAAACCUAAUAUUGGAUUACCCACUAAAUGACUGGUUCAUUUUUUGCAUCCUGGUAACAUUGGCAUAUCCACAAAUUCAGGACUCAACGUCCAAUAUAUCAUCAAUAAAUCAAGCAUAUUGGCAAAUAAUCCCAAAGCAAUCAUAUAUAUUUGGGAUAUCAUGGUCAUUGGGGGAAUUUACCCUCUCCAUCGUCGAUAAUUUAUUUAAAUUUAAAGAAGUAAAGAGAGAUUCACUUUCUGCAAAUGAAAUGUCCCACAAUAACAAUAACAUUAAUACUAGUAGUAAUAAUAAUAAUAAUAAUAAUAAUAAUAUUCAUCAUCGUCCUCAUCAUCUCCCUAAUAGGAAAAAUAUAACUUUAUCAAAAUGUGUGGACAUACGGAAGCAAGCAUCUAAUAUUUCAAACAAUGUAUAUUCGUCCUCUCAUGGGGAAGAACAUCAUCAAGCCAAUGGAUAUGGUAGUAUUAAUGCUGAAUCGUCCAAUGUUGCUCCAUCGUCAUCUCUCUCUCAUUCCACCUCCCAAAAUGAUUCGAUUUUAUUAAUUAAUGAUACCGAUAAUUCUUUGAAGUUUGCAUCAGGAAACGUGGAGGACCGUUUAUUAGAUACACAAGAACAACCAGGAGUAGAUUAUGGAUUACAUUCAGGUGAGCCUACAUCGGGCACUAUCCAAAUAAGGUAUUUUAAUGAAAUAGGCACAUCGAGGACAUUGCUCAUUUAUUUAUUCCAAUUGAGUGUUUGCAUCCUAGGUAACACUUCAUUACUCGUGGGUGAAUGUUUGUUGAUGUCAAUCUAUUUCAUUUACAUUCCAGGCAAUGAAGAUUUGUUUUCCAAAGUGAUAAAUUAUUUUGGCUUGAAACCCAUCUCUCAUUUCCUGUUGAUAAUGGUUUUACCCUUCACAAUAAUAAAUUUUGUGAUGAAUUUUGUCAUUUUCUUUUGGAAGGAUUUAGACGAUUGGUUUGAUACGAGAGGCACCGCCCAGGAAGAGAAUGUCCACCCAGAUGACGAUAUCAAUAAUCUUUUAAACAGUGAACCAUGGUUACCAUUGCAUAACCAUCAAGAGAUACCACAAUUGCAUAAUAAUAAUUACUACCCUGGUAGCAGUAACCCUUACGAUAUAGGGUUUAAUGGUGUUUCUGAUUAUAAUAGAGUUUAUGAAAUGCAAACGCCUGGUGGGAAGCUAUUGCGUUGGGCCAAGAAGAUUACACAAGUGUGGCAAAUUGUAUGUUCGAAGGAUAAACCAGUUCUUACAUUUAUGUUUAUCUGGGGUUUAAUAGUGUAUGGGACUGGGAUUUACACUGUAUUUUAUAUAUAG